UAUCAUCAAUUCAUCGAUCAUCUUCCUUCUUAUCUAUCCUACUUUUGCAGUUUGCUCAACCCUCUCCGCUCGAGGGUUUCUCCCCUUUUUUUUUUUGUAUUUUAUUUUUCUUUAAUUUUAUUUUCCUUAUCUAUCAAUUAGUUAGGUUAUUUAUUCUCUUGUCUACUGGUUACUGCAACCCUAAUCUCAAUAGUCAAAGCUUUUCGUUCCCAUCAUCAACACAAUCGCCCUUAAAGUUGAAGAUGGAGCAACACCAACAGCAACAGAGGUUAAAGCAACAUGCGAUGAUGCAACAAUCACUCUAUCAUCACCCCGCUCUCUAUACACACCCUCAGAUAGAACCUAUCUUGAGUGGAAAUCUGCCUCCUGGCUUUGAUUCAAGUACAUGCCGCAGUGUUUAUGUGGGCAACAUUCAUCCUCAAGUUACAGAGGCCCUUCUUCAAGAGCUUUUUUCAAAUGCGGGCCCUCUUGAAGGAUGCAAGCUCAUUAAGAAAGAGAAGUCAUCCUAUGGCUUUGUGGACUACUUUGAUCGCAGUUCAGCUGCUUUUGCUAUUGGAACUCUCAAUGGGAGGAACAUUUUUGGGCAGCCUAUUAAAGUUAACUGGGCUUAUGCUAGCAGCCAGAAAGAGGAUACAUCAGGUCACUUCAAUAUUUUUGUUGGUGAUCUGAGCCCUGAGGUUACUGAUGCUACACUGUUUGCUUGCUUCUCUAUAUAUUCUAGUUGUUCAGAUGCAAAGGUCAUGUGGGAUCCAAAGACCGGCCGUUCCAGGGGAUUUGGUUUCGUUUCCUUUCGAAAUCAGCAGGAUGCCCAAGGUGCCAUAAAUGAUCUAACUGGAAAGUGGCUUGGAAAUAGACAGAUUCGUUGUAACUGGGCCAUGAAAGGGGGUAAUGCCAAUGAUGACAAGCAGAGUUCGGAUUCCAAAACUGUUGUGGAGUUAACAAAUGGAACAUUUGAAGAAGGCCAAGAAAUGACUAAUGAUGACUCUCGAGAGAAGAAUCCUCAAUAUACUACUGUUUAUGUUGGCAAUCUUGCUCCAGAGGUUAAUUCUGGUGAUCUUCAUCGUCAAUUUCUUGCCCUGGGCGCUGGAACUAUUAUAGAUGUUAGGGUGCAACGAGACAAAGGUUUUGGUUUUGUGAGAUUUAGUACACAUGCGGAAGCAGCUUUUGCCAUUCAGAUGGGUAAUGCUCAGGUUCUGUUUGGCAAACCCAUGAAGUGUUCAUGGGGUAGUAAGCCUACCCCACCGGGAACAGCCUCUACUCCCCUUGCACCACCAACUGCUGCACAGGUGCCAGGCUUUUCACCCACUACACUAGCAGCAUAUGAACGCCAAAUGGCCUUGAGCAAAAUGGGGGGUGCUCAUGCUUUCAUGCAUCAGCAGGGUCAGCAUUCUGCUCCUGGGGCUGGUUAUGGUGCAGGAUUCCAGAAUGUUGCGUCUAACCAGCAUCUAAUGUACUAUCAGUAAAAUAGAUAGUUGGGACCCCUUUAUGUUAAAAGAAGUGAAGGUUGAAGUCUUUUGAACCUCUGCCAUACCCUUACUCAUCUCUAAAACACCACCCGUGCACUCUACAUUUUUACUGUUGUGUUGUAGUUUUUUAAGCUUGUCCAUUUAUCAUGUUUUAUAAGGAAUUUUUUUGAGUACAUAAUUUGUCUCUUAUGCAUUAGGUAAUUUCCAAAGCUUAGGGGGAUGAACCAAUUUAACCAGUUAUGUGUCCGGUUCAUUUGACCCUUAAAACCAACUGUUUAAAAAUUGAGC